AUGAAGUUAAGAGCUGCGACACGACGAAGAACAACACAACUUGAGACACAGCAGGUUUCGUCCAAACUAAACACCAUGAGCUCGUUUAAAGCAGUUCAAGAAAUGCUGCUUUUCUGUUUAGAAGAGGAAAUUAUCGAUGAUGAAGAAUUUGCGGUACUCUACGAGGAAUAUACGCCACAAAAUCUUCCAUUUCCUCACUGGCAAUAUGACACGUUUUCCCUGCUGAACAAGGAUCCUGCAGAGUGUAAAGCGGAUUUUCGAGUGGAAAAGGCAGAUAUUCCAUUGCUCAUCGAUGCUUUAAGAAUGCCUCCAGAAUUUGUUUGCGGGAAUGGCACAGUUUGCGAUGCAACAGAGGGCCUGUGUAUACUGCUGAAGCGGUUUGCAUAUCCAUACCGUUAUUCGGACAUGAUACCAAUUUUUGGUAGAUCAGUUCCAGAGUUAAGUAUUAUUAGUAAUGAAAUCACCGACUGGCUAUAUACCAACCAUGGCCACAGAGUUACUUACUGGAAUCAUGAUAUUUUGAGCCCGGCAAUGCUCGAUGUCUACGCCACAGCAAUUUACAAUAAAGGAGCCGCCCUUGAAAAUUGCUUCGGGUUUAUAGACGGAACAGUGCGCCCCACCAGCCGACCUAUCAUAUACCAGAGAGCCGUGUAUAAUGGACACAAACGCGUUCAUGUACUUAAAUUCCAGUCUGUGGCACUUCCCAAUGGUUUAAUUGGUCAUCUUUAUGGUGCUGUGGGUAAGCAAAAUUCAUGUUACUACUAUUUU